AUGCUGGGUCGUUUAACUCGUCGAUUGAACAAGUCGGAGGUCGAGUCCUGUGACGGGGAGUUAUCAGAGGCGGAAUGUCGUGCUGCUCUUCACGGCAUGUCCCGUGGCAAGACGCCGGGUUCAGAUGGAUUCCCAAUGGAAUUCUUUGUUUGUUUUUGGGACCUUCUUGGUCCAGACCUUGUUCGUAUUCUGAACCUUGCCUACCAACAAGGUCAACUUUCCAUCUCACAACGUCGGGGCAUCAUCAUUGUUUUAUAUAAGAAGCAUGAUCGUCUCGAAACGAAAAAUUACCGCCCUAUUAGUUUACUGAACGUGGACUACAAGAUUGCCACUAGGGCUAUUGCUGGCCGCCUUUUGGGCGUUAUUGGCUCGAUUGUCGGCUAUGACCAAACAUGUGGCAUCCCGGGUCAUACCAUCUCUGAGAACCUGAUGCUGAUGCGUGAUCUGAUCGAGUAUGCCGAUCGGGCGGAUAUCCCUCUUGCUCUUCUCUCUUUGGAUCAAGAGAAGGCCUAUGAUCGGGUGGAUUGGUCCUUUCUCCAACGCAUCCCUCCACACUUUUGGUUUUGGCGAUUCAUUUUGACAAUGGAUCUCCCUUUUUUAUUCCAAUGUUGAGUCUGCCGUCGUCAUCAAUGGUUGGACUUCUUCCUUUUUCAUGCCUUCUCGUGGUGUUCGACAAGGCUGUCCUCUUUCACCCCUUCUUUAUGUGCUUUGUAUUGAAGUGUUGGCAUGCAGCAUCACCGCCUCGCCUGCCAUUGAGGGUGUUCCUCUACCGGGUGCAGAUCGGGUGUUUAAGUGCUCGGGGUUUGCCGACGACACAUCUAUUGCGGCUACCACUGACACUUCGAUGCAGGCCACCUUCGACAUAUACGCCCAAUACGAACGGGCGUCUGGGGCUAAGUUGAACCAUGGCAAGUCCAAGGGCUUGUGGUUAGGUGCCUGGAAAGAUCGUCAGGACACCCCGCACGGUAUCAACUGGGUGAAGGAGUUGUUGUUGCUGGGUGCUACCAUCAGUGCUGGCGAUUACUCCACAGCCACUUGGGAGGCUCCAGUCGCUAAGGUCGAGAAGCGCUUGUCGUCCUGGAAGGGGCGUCAACUUACCUAUCAGGGUAAGGCGACAGUGAUCAACACCUUGGGCCUCUCCCAGAUUUGGCACUUGUGCCAUGUGUUUACCAUUCCGGAGUGGGCCAAGAAGCGCAUUGUUAAGGCCACCUGGGGUUUUUUCUGGUCGGGUCGCCGCGAUUUGGUUGUCCGCCGUACCGUUUGUUUGCCCAAGGGUCAAGGGGGCUUUGGCGUCAUUGACUUUGACCUGAAGGCGAAGGCUUUUGCCAUUCAGUGGGUCAAACGUUACUUUGCUCCAACACCUGCUAAAUGGAAAGCCUUUUUUAGUUUCUUUUGUAUGUCGUGUCUGUCCGUCACACCUGUGGAAGUGUUUUGCACUUCCUCUUUUCCGCCCAAUUUGAUUGCCCUUCUUCCUCCCUUCUACCAGCACAUCGUCCGGGCAUGGUCCCAGUUUGAUGGUGGUGGUGUUGCACGGCCCGCUGCACUGGUCUGAAACUUGGGACCAGAUCCAUCUUCAGUCCUUGGAUCGUGCAGUCGUUGAUGUGAACUGGAAGAUCGCCCAUGGUGUCCUCUACACUGCCUCCCGCCUCGUCACCGGCUUUGGGAUGGCCAACAUAGAUCUCCAGUGUCACUGUCGUGCCGAUGCAGAAACUCUCGAGCAUCUCUUCUUUGAGUGUCGAUACGCUCGUAUCUUGGUUGGCUGGGUAUAUUUCAACUUGAUGCAGUACGACGGUUCGGCAACACCCUUCACGGUCAACGAGUUGUUGUUCGGUGUUUCUCGUGCAAGGCGUAAGCGUAUGCCCCACAUCAUCAUGUGGAUGCACCAGGUGGUGAAGCACUACCUGUGGGUUGCGCGGAACGACUUCCGCUUUCGGGAUAAACGCCGCACCGAAGCGGAUUGUCUGAAGGCAAUCAUUGCGCGUUUGAAAUUUUUGCUCAAAGUGCUCGCCAGCCGCUGUCGUUCUCCUUCUCAAAUUCGGUCGUUUGAGAAGCAGUGGUUGGCCAAUAAGACUCUUAGGCACUUUGAGGGCGAGAAGCUGGUCUUCUCAUUUUAAUUUCUCCCUAGGUUAGCUAGCCUCGUCCUCGUUCUGUGAACGGGGGUCGCCUUCGUUGGUUGUACUGCCGGAAUCGGUUUGUCGUCUUCUUGUGCUAGCUGGCUUAGUCUUUUCCUUCGCCUUUCCGUGAACGGGGGUCGCCUUCAUUGGUUGUACUGCCCGGAUCGGUUCGGUGUUCUUCCGUCUUCUUUUUAGCUUUUUUAAAGCUUUUUUAACCUAGCUUAGCUUUUUACAUUCGGAAGCGUAGCCAGAUUAGAUUUAUGAUCUAGGUCUAAAUAUACCAUCGUGCCGCGUCAGAAUAAUAAAGAAUGGCCGGUAUAUUUAGAACGGAGGUGGGGAUCGUCCCCCCCGUUUUUUUGCGCGCCGGUUGUGCCCUCCGAAAUCCGAGGAACCCAUUGCACGUCUCCCCAGUGGGAGCGGGUUUGUCGCAUUUAAACAUAAAACUUACCUGAUGCGAGAGGCACCUUGAUCAACUAGGAGGUCCUCUCAGGAUGAGGCCCUUUCAUUGCACUUUGACUGGGUUGACUCCUGUGAUUACCCCUAAUGUGGGUAACUCGAGCAUAUAAUUUCUGGUAGUGGGGACCUGCGUUCACGCUUGUCCCCUUCAACAUAUAAUAUUCAUGUAUAAAUGUAUAAAGCCGUGUUUUUUUCUAACACGGCCGUGUGUCGAUUGUUUUUGUAUUAUAGAAUCAGAUGUCAAACGUAUCAUUUAUCACACAAUACACUCUAUAUAUAUUUUCCGGGCCGAAAUCUCCAUCUCGUGUUCCUAUUAUAUGGUAAGUAAACCUAUACACGCUUAUAUUUUGUAAGCACUUCGAUUCUUUGCACACACUAUUCAAUUAAUUUGCUGUAUAAAGUCACUUGCUUGCCAACGGAAUUUCAAGCCAUCGCACAUACAUUCCAAGUGCUGAUUAACUGGCUUGUGUGUCACUCAAGCGCACAUGUUUUGCCGGUCAAACUUACAAAAUACCAAGUAAACAUUCAAACAUCGCAUUAUUUCACGGCGCGUGACCCCAAACAUUUCCGGGUCACAAUGCAAUUCGCGAGUGAAAGAAGCUUGACGCAUUCAUGAAUGUUUAAAGGGCGCGAAAGCUGAUAUGUUCGCAACUCUCGUCUCAUGGUUGAUGCCACACGGCCGCCGUGCCCCUCUCCACGACGGCACGCGCGUGCGCGAGAGCACCGCCAGGGUCGCGGUGGGCGAUCACCACGGACUUGCCGUGCUCGUGCGACGAGUAAUCAAGCGCUUGUCGACGUCAUAAUCGCUCGCAAGCGAGCUCCUUCUCACCGCGUUUUCGUAGCACAAGUGUUCGGUAGAAAUAUGUGUGGCAAACGGCGAAGAAGGCAUCGCUUCUCGGCCUUUUGGCUAAUAGAGAAGAGCUCGUGCCAUUGAUUGUGGUUAUCCGUAGUCUGGUGAAUCUUGGUGUUCAUUUUUGCUGCUGAAAUCUCUGGUGAUUGCUGACAUCCUGUGGCUGUUCUCCAUCCUGUGGUCCUUGGUGUUGGUCUGUUUUCCAUCCUGUGGUCCAUUGGCCUCUGUUGGUUUUCUGGCUUCCUUGUGGUCGCUGACGUCCCCUGGCUGGUUUUCUUGGCUGGUGGUCCUUGGUCAGUUGAUCCCUGUGCGUGAGUUUAUUCCCUUGUUUUUCUGUGUGUUCACCACAAGCCUUGGCUUCUUUGUGCAGUAUAUAUAACUUGUAUAUAGUUUUGUGUGUGUCGGUUCGUUCCUGUCGAGGAGCCCUUUAGGGGGUCACUCAAAGGAGGGGUCUUGACUUUUCUUUGCCAUUGUCCGGUUAGUUUGGGCGGCGGUGCUUGGGGGCCAAAACCCAAUAGCCUGGUUCUGUUGGUUGCGGUUAUUCCGUGUGCCAGCUGGUUGGGGGUGGUUCCCUCUUUGCUGGUUUUUUUUCCCCUGUUUACUAUUUUAAUCACACACUUCGAUCAAUAUGAUUCCUUUUGUGAAUCGGACCUCGGAUGUUAUCCUGUCAGACCAUGUCGAGGCAAAAGCCAUCAAUGUGCGCCAAGUUAUUGAUGAAUUGCGCAGUCAAUGUGACAAUUUUUCUGAACUGUUUGAGGCUGUCGUUUUGAUGGCACCAGGGCGCUUUCGGCUUACCUGCAAAAGCGCUCGCAAGUUAGAAGUUGCUGAAAAUAUGGGCUUCUUAGUUCGCCGGUUGAAUUUCGGCCCGUAUCAUCUUUUAAAUGGGUCAAUAUUACUCGCCUUUCCUAUGGUAUUCCUGAGGUGGAAAUUUCCCGGGUCCUAGAGCCAUAUGGUCGUAUUAAACUAAUUAAGAGCGAACAGUACUCUAACAUUUAUACUGGUGUGAGGAAUGUUCUGAUGGAGGUCAAUCAGGCUAUUCCUGCACGUAUUCUUAUUGCUGGAAAUUGGUGCUUUGUGCAUUACAAAGGCCAGAAAAAAGUCUGCUUUCAAUGUGGUAAGGAAGGCCACAUGCGUGGAAAUUGUCCAGAUCGGGUGGUUGCAGUUGUCCUUGGUCAAUUGGCCAAUGAUGUUGUGGAACAGGAGGGCAUUGCUGAUCCUCCUCCAGUUGUGCCGGAUCAAGUUGAUGUUCCACCUAUCGUUGUUCCUCCUCCUCCCGUCGCCGCAGAUGUUGCUGCGCCUUCUGUGUCUGUCCCUUCUGUCACUGGGCAAGUCCUGGAAUCCACUGUUGCUCCUCAGACUUCUGUUCUGGUGGAAAUGGAGUCUGCACCUGUUGAUCCACCUUCUUAUGCUUCCAUUGUUGGUGGCAAACGUCGUCGAUCUCCGACUAAGAAAUCGUCUUCCCCUAGGUCAAAGAAAGAUUGUCGCCGUGACAAAUCGCCUUGGGGUACUUGUUCUGCAAGUGGCAGUGACCCGGAUGAGAGUUCUGGUAGUGCGUCUGAGGACCUCUCAUUUGACUCUGAUUUGGCAUUGGGGGUUGCGCCCGAAAAUGUCCCUCUUCCUGAAGAUACUAAUCUUGAAUUGGAUAAUGAGAAUAUGGAUUCCCUUUUAAUGCAGUUUACUCCAAACCUUCCUGGUGUUCUUCCAGGUCGGCAAACUAUUUCUGCACCAGAGGAUUCACAGGCCUCUGAAGAAACCCGAGUUGCUACUCGUUUUUUCGCCACACUGGGUUCUGAUUCUCAGACCCAUGGUGAAUCUGUGGAAUCGGCUUAAGCCUUUUUCUACAAGUUAAAAAUAUCUAUUGUUACAAAUUUACUAUGUCUACAUUAAAAUACACUAUGGCGAAUACUACAAUCAAUUUUAAUCAAUUAUCUAUCCUUACAUUAAACUGUCAAGGUCUCCGUGACCAGGCUAAGCGGAACGCUUUGUUUUCCUGGUUGAAUUGUGUUAAGGCUGAUGUUGUGUGCUUGCAGGAAACUCAUUCCAUCUCUCGUGAUGAGUUUGUUACCUGGGUCUCCUUGGAGUCUGAUGCUGCUAACAACUUGCAACAUUACUCUGUUCUAUCUUCUCCUGGUUCUCUAUGCAGUCGUGGCAUAGCUGUUUUAUAUAAACCUUCUUUGUCUGUGGAUGCCGAGAUUUUUGAUGAUAUUGGACGUCUUCAAGUCAUUAAAUUUUCUGUUUGUGGUACAGCUUCUUCAUCCUUUCAAUUAGUCAAUGUCUAUGGACCAAACCGUAAACCAGAUGGUGAGGUUUUUUUUGAAUCGAUUGGUUCCCAAGUCGAUGCUUCACUCCCUACGAUUGUUUGUGGAGAUUUUAAUACCGUUGUUGACCCUGCCAUUGAUCGCUUUGGUUGUAAUCCGACAUCUCCUUGGGCAUAUAAUUGGCCUCGCUCUUUGCAAGAUUUUACACAUGAACUCGAUCUUCAUGAUAUUUGGCGUUUACGUAACCCAAAUACUCGCAGUUAUACUUGGCAUCGGGCCAAUGGAUUGCAGGCAUCUCGUUUAGAUAUGUUCUGGGUGUCAUCCUCUUUACUGUCACAUGUUAUUGAUGUUUCCAUUUACCCUUUCUUUCGUUCGGAUCAUUCAUACGUUUUUCUCCAAUUGACUCUUCCAUCAUUGCCACGGCGCGGUCCUGGUGUGUGGAAACUUAAUGCAUCUUUGCUUAAGGAUGAUAAUUAUAAACAGAAGAUCCAAGAGUUUUGGCAAGCUUGGCAACUUGAGCAAGGCACUUUUCCUUCCUUAGCAGUUUGGUGGGAUGCUGGUAAAAAGCGCAUUCGUGCUCUUACACGUCGUUAUUCUCAACAGCUGGCUCGUGCUCGUCGGGCUCGUAUUAAGUCCCUUGAGAAUACUUUGUUCCACCUUCAUCAUCGACAGCAAAAUGGUGAGGAUGUUUCUGCUUGGUUAAACGAAGCUAAGACUGAUUUGGAAUUGGAACACCUCCAUGUUGCUAAUGGUGCCCGCAUUCGUUCCCGCGAACAAUGGGCCGAGGAAGGUGAGACCUCUUCAUCCUACUUUUUUCGCCAAGAAAAAUCUCGAGCCAUCAAACGGCUUUUUUCUGGCAUCAAAAAUGCUCAAGGACUGGUUGUCCAUUCCAUAUCCGCUAUUAUCCGGGUUUGGUGUUUGUUCUAUGUACAAUUAUUUACGGCGGCUAUUCUUGUCCCUGGUGACCAAGCCUUUUUUCUUGGUUCCUUGGAGCGUUCACUUUCCCAUACUGAAUCCGCCCUGUGUGAGGGUGCUAUCACUGAAGACGAAUGUUUGAAAGCUUUACGACAAAUGAAGAACAAUAAAUCGCCGGGAGUUGACGGUUUGCCAUACGAAUUUUAUACACGUUUUUGGCCUGUUCUUGGUACUGAUUUAAUAUCCGUUUAUAAUGAUUGUUUUUCAUCGGGCUGUCUUUCCUUCUCUCAACAAACUGGCUUGAUUACUUUACUCUAUAAGAAAGGUGAUAAGCUUGACACCAAAAAUUGGCAUCCCAUUUCUCUUCUCUGCACUGAUUAUAAGAUCUUGGCUAAAGUUCUUACAAAUCGACUUGUUGCCGUUAUUUCUUCAGUUGUUGGGCCCGAACAAGUAUGUGGUGUCCCUAGUCGCCUCUCAAGUGAGAAUAUUCGGUUGAUCAAAGAUGCUGUCGACUAUGCAAAUGGUUCAGCCAUGAGUGCGGCAUUGGUUUCUUUGGAUCAAGAAAAGGCAUUUGAUCGUGUGGACUGGUCUUUCAUGCUUCGUGUUCUUGAGGCAAUGAACUUUGGUCCAUCCUUCCGUUCCUGGGUGCAAUUGCUCUAUACGAGCCUUUUUUCUCAGGUCCUUGUCGACGACUAUGUGAGUCAACUUUUUCCGGUUACUCGUGGUGUUCGACAGGGUUGUCCAUUGUCUCCCUUGCUUUAUAUUUUAGUCGCCGAGACUAUUGCCUGUGCCAUUCGCCAGGAUCCCAAUAUUGAUGGACUGCUUUUACCUAAUGGUUCACAUACUAAAUUGUUCCAAUAUGCUGAUGAUACGAGUAUCUUUGUCAUGUCAGAUCAGUCUCUUUUGGCCCUAUUUCUUUGUUUGAACGAUAUGAAUGUGCAUCCGGGGCAAAGUUGA